AUGUCCGUACAUCCUACGACCCUCAAGACUUAUGGCUCGAGGGUCUCUCUCCAUUCCAAUCCCACGGCCAAACGCCUUCUCGAAAUCAUGGAGAGAAAACAGAGCAAUCUCUGUGUCAGUAUAGAUGUGACCAAUACAGCGGAGGUCCUGGAAAUAGUCAGAGGAGUAGGAUCGAAAGUCUGCAUGGUCAAGACACACGCCGAUAUCAUCUCUGACUUUUCCUCAGCUUUUGCGGACGAGCUCGUCAGAUUUUCAAAGGAGCUAGACUUUAUCAUAUUCGAGGACAGAAAGUUUGCAGAUAUCGGCAAUACUGUCGUGCACCAGUACCAAUCUGGACCACUGGCCAUCGCCUCAUGGGCGCAUCUGACCAACGCUCAUCCUAUCCCUGGGCCUGGCAUCAUCACUGGCCUGUCAUCUGUUGGCCUACCUCUCGGUCGAGCUCUCCUUCUGCUCGGUGAAAUGUCUUCAAAGGGCAAUCUGGCAACUGGAGAGUAUACGAAGAAGACCAUGCAAAUGGCCAAAGAGGCCGGGAGAGAAUUUGUCGUUGGUUUCAUCGCCAUGUCCCGUGUGGAUCCGGAAGAGGAGGAAGAUUGGCUGAUGCUCACUCCGGGGGUGGGUUUGGUCCAAGGAGGUGACAAGAUGGGUCAACAAUAUCGGACGCCUCGGGAUGUCAUUCUGGACAGCGGGUGCGAUGUCAUAAUCGUUGGAAGAGGGAUAUACGGAGUCAAAGGCGGGAAAGACGCCAUGGAGGCAGAGGCUGAGAAAUACAGACGAGCUGGAUGGGAGGCUUACGAGGAGAGACUGAAGAGGACAUGA